AACAAAACAUCGCGCAUAAUUAAUGCAGUGAUAUGGUAUAUUGAUUAUUAAGUCAUUGAAACCAUUCAAAAAUGCAGAAAUCUCUCAACACUUUCCUCAUCAUUGCCUCUUUCUUCUUACCUACAAUACUAACUGAAAAAUGUAUUGCAACAAUAAAAGACCAAGAGAUAGAAAUUAUAUGCAGUGAAAUUACAAAAGAAGACUAUCGUGAUUGGAUACUUAAAGUUGGACCCGAGCUCAGAAAAAUUGUCGAUCCUUGGAACACUGAUUUAUACUCUAAAAGUAAAAAAGUUUUAUUGACAAUUAAAAAUUCAAACAUAGGAAAUAUUGAUGGAUGGGUCACAGGCCCAUUGAAGUCGACUAAUUUAGGAGCUUUUAUUUUUAAAUUAGCUAUAACUAAUUCUUCAAUAGAAAGUGUAAAAAUGUUUUCCCUUAUUGGAGUGUCUUUAAUAAAAACUCUAGAUUUGAGCAACAAUAACAUUUCAAAUUAUUAUUUCCUAAGAGGCAUGAGCAAUAUUGAAUAUUUAAUAUUAAAACACAAUAAUUUGAAUGAUAACGUUGACCUUAUAGAAUCUUUAUAUCUAGAAUUUAAUGAAAAUAGAAAACUUAUUGAUUUAAGUUAUUCUAAUUUAUCAAACUUUAACUGGAAUGCCAAAAUUAAAGCUAAAAAUUUAACUAUUAAUUUGAGUCAUAUUGAUACUUUAAAAUUUGUUAUUUUACGAAGAGCCCCAAAUUUAUCAUUACAUGUAAAUGGUGAUGUAAAUUUACAAAACAUUACAAUUGUAGAUGGAUUCAAAGAACUACAUAUGAAUGAUUUAGCAGAUAAAUUCAAUGUUUCAGUUAUUAAAAAUUUAAGUUUGAAUAACCUAUAUUUAAGAAAUAAUACAAUUAACAAGCUGAAAAAAUCUAUAGUCAAUUUUAGAGAAUUAUUAGAUGCUGAAUAUUACAAUAGUAAAGAGAAAUAUUUAGAUUUAACCAAUUGCAAGAUAAAUUUUAUUGAAAACAAAUAUUUUUUUCAUUAUAGAAUUAAAUCUAUUUUGUUAGGUGAUAAUAAAAUAAAAAAAUUACCUAAAUUAACUUUUGCAGAUAGUGUAAUAGGAAAUCUAGAUAUUUCAAAUAACAAACUAAAUUUUAUCGAUACUACAGCCUUCCAAAACCUUGAAGUAAAUUCUUUAAACCUAUCAAAAAAUGAACUAAACUCUCUAGAAGGUAUUUUUCUUAAUUUAGAUAGAAUUGAAGAAUUAGAUUUGUCAUUUAAUCCAUUGACAGUUUUAAAUGAACAAACUUUUAUUAAUUGUACUGGCUUAACAAAAUUAUACUUAACAAACUGUCCUUUGCUCAAUUAUGAUUUGCCUUUAAAUGAUUUGAUAAAAUUGGAAUAUUUAGAAGUAAGUUUUUUAAAAAACGUUGAGAGUCACCAUGUAAAAACUUUGGUGAUUCGAGAUAGUAAUAUUACAGAAAUUAUUAAUGAUAAUUUGAAAAACCUAAAUAAUUUGCAACAAAUCAAGAUUUUUAAUACAACUUUAAUUAGUUAUGAUUUUUUGAAAUUAAUUCCUAGUUUAAUUGAAAUUGAUUUUUCAAUUCCUAGGUUUGUUAAUGAUCAGCCAAUAUUUAAAGAUUUAAAUAGUUUAAGGUUUCUAGAUAUAUCUCAAUAUUCUAUUGCAAUAUUAACAGACAAUUUGUUUGAAAAUUUAAAUAAUUUAACUUAUUUAAAUGCCUCAAAUAACCUGAUAGUUUCCAUAGGCGAAAAUACGUUCAAAAAUCAAAAAGAAUUAGAAAUAUUAUCCUUGGCUUUUAACAAAAUUUCGAGUCUUUCUAGUGGUUUAUUUAAUUCUUUUGGUAAAUUAACUACUUUGCAUUUGCAUAAUAACCAACUUGAAACUCUAACAGAUAAUUUAUUGUUGCCUUUAAAAAAUUUAAAUUAUCUAGAUGUAUCUUUUAAUAAUUUAAAAUCAUUUACAACUAGUUUACCGACCCUGAACCAUCUAUAUUUGCAAUCUAAUGAGUUGGAUUUUGAUAAACUUGGAAAUUUAUCUGUAAAUAGUCUUAGAAAAAUUGAUAUUAGUUUCAAUAAAGGAUCAUGUGCUGAUUUAUUGAAAUUAAUUGAGAAAUGUAAAGCAAAUAUUGUGGAAUAUAUGCCUGUGAAAUUUGUGUCUUUUUAUGAGGCUAAUAUUAACGGAAUUGGUUGUACAGGUCCAGUACCUAGUAGUAGUAGAGUUACAUGAAAAAUUUUACAUACAAUAAUAAAUACAUUUUUCUUGAAUAAGUAAAUGAGUUUUCAAGUAACCCAAAAAAUUAAUUUUAGAUUAAAUAAUGUCACAACUUUAUUCUGUCGUGAUGGGGUACGUAGCUUAGGGUCAGGAGGAUAGAGACUCGCUAUAAGGAAUAAAGCAAUAGGUACAAAUGUUAGGCUUUGUGAAUAGAACACUGACUGAUGUUCUUGAUGUUACGUGCUUUAGAACAGUGUAUUGUAGUUUUGUAAGAUCAGUGUUGGAGUAUGCUAGUCCAGCCUGGUUUCCAUAUUAUAAUGUUUAUAUAGAUUCUUUGGAGCAGGUACAGGGACGAUUUUUGAGAACUAUAAAUUUUAAACUGGGAAUUCCCAUGAAAGAUAUCAGUUAUGAACAUUUGUACAAAAAGAUGAAUUUACCACUUUUGGAAGUUAGUAGGACUCAAUUUGAUAUACUUGCUUUGUUUUAAAUUGUAAAUGGCAUGAUUGACAGCUGGUAAUUGUUAAGUAAUAUUAAUAAGAGUACCCCAAAGAUUUACCAGUCAGCAUGAUUUAUUUUCAUAGAACUAACUAUGGAUUAAAU